AACUCAUCACUCCAACCCACCGUAACAAGAUCCAAGCCAAGAUGCCCACCGCCCUCCAGUCAACAGCCGCAGGCUGGCUCUUAAUCUCCCUCGGCCACACGUUCUCAGCAAAAGACUGGCAAUCUCUCCCCCAAGUCCGCACCCUCCCUAAUCUAGCCUACACCUGUGCCAGAGCAGGUUGGUACCAGGGGAGUGGGUUCUUUCUUAUGAAUGCCUUGAUAAACUACAACUGGUCGCAAAACCCGGCUCUGCUGAACGACCCUAUUAACCGGGCUGUCGCGGCUCUAAUGACGGCUAUUGUGGGGAUUAGUUCCGGGUGGUAUUUGAAACGUGGGGUCAAGAGUAAUGGUAUUGUGGUUGCGCUUAUGGGGGCUUUGCAGGCUUGGGCUGCUUUUGGGAAUUAAUUUUUGUAGUGGAUCUAGUGAUUAUUGAAUUUCGGUUCGUGAAUCUUUGUUGUUGGUUUAGCUUCUGGUGGGAUGGAAGUGAUGUAGAGAAUUCUCUGGUUUUUAUGGAAUGUAUGGGUUUAUUAACUCUGGAUAGGUAAUGGGAGGAAUGUAUGCUGUUGAGUG